UGGACUGAGUGCAAGCAAAUAGUAGUGAAAGCCUUCGCUUUCAUCGUAGUGGGGCGAGCGGCCGCCGGUGGCGUUGUAGAGCGAGGCACAACAAAAGUGAAGGUGGUUGGAAGCGAGUAGCUCACGGUGAGUCGGUAACUCGCUAGCGUGACUGUAGGUCGUGUCGCGUUCGUGCCCGGUCCCGUGAUGUACAGGUGGUGGUUGGUGGUGGUGCUGGCAGCGGGCGCAGCGGCGGCGGGAACCCGUCUGCCGCGGACUUCGCCGCCCGCGCCUGCGCCCGCGCCCUCUCCCGCAACUCGUUUGCCCCAGAGGAACUUUACUAUUUCUUCCCGUUCUUCGGUUAGAAACAGGGAACAAUACAUUUUUAACGUAUUCGAGGUCAUCGUUAGUACCUUAGAAACGAAACUUCAAAGAAUUGAAAACUUGGAUAAAGCAGUUGAACACCUAAUGAGAAGAGUUGAGGCACUGGAUUCACGAGUUAACGAUAAUAUUCAUAAAACUGAUGCCAUUAUAUCUAAAUUGGGUAAUUUAGAUCUAAAGCUAUUUAGUCAACUAGCACAAAGUGGAGAAGAAACUGCUACUGAAAAUAACAACAGGAAAACUAAUGAUAAUAAACUAAGUAAUGCACAAAUGCUCGAUAAGAAGCUAGAAUCGUUAGAUCAAAAAGUUUCUGAUAUUGACACGAAAUUAGUAGGCUUGAAAACCCAAAUAGACAAUAAUUUCUUACCCGUCGACGACAUCAACGCCGAAGCGAGCGAAAAGAAGCCAAUCAAUCUUAAUGUUAUAGAAAUAGCAAAAAGCUUGAACACAGAAGUGAUUAAUGAAAUUACUAAAGAAGUCGAUCAAUUGAGAUCAUCAAUGUCCACAGUAGAUCGUAAAUUACAAUUUCAUAUAAAUCUCGUGUCUGAAAAUUUAGGAAAAGUCCUAUAUAUGAUGGCUGAUGUACACGCCGCGAUAGUGGAACCUGAAGCUGCUUCGAUAAAUGUAAAUAAUAUAUUUAAAAAUCGUACUGUUACAAGUACUGCGUCGCCAGUAAUGAAAUCCAGUAAAAUCGAUACCCUCGUCAACAAAAUCAUUCCGAUGAUGAGCGUUUCUGAAAAAAUGGACGAAGUAUGGGAUGUGGUCGUCGGAACAAAGAGUUCUGUAGACGAUCUGGUACCCAAAUCAGAUGAACUUCUGACGCAAACUCAGAGGCAGGAACGAGCUAUUGGGCAGAUUCAUAAUGACUUACGCCUUAAAACAAAUCUCAUUAUUGAAAAUCUGGACAUGGUAGAAAAACGUCUUAAGAAACAGGAGGACGACGUAGCAACUUUAGCUCAACGGCCAGUACCAGCUGAAUUACUGUUGGAUCCAACAAUAGACAGACUUGUUGAAUAUGCACCAAACAGGUACAGAGUGGAGGAGCCCUCAACGGAUCCGAUCACUACGGUUGCAUACACUACCCCUACGACUGUCAUCGGAAACAACAGCCCGAGCAGUCCGAGCAAUUCGAGCGCAAGUCCUACGAGUGCCACUGUAACAGUGACACCGACAAGCACUGGCAGUAGCGCAGGCCCCACCAGUCCUAGACCCACGAGCCGCAAAGGCGGAAUCAUCUUUCCGAGUGUGAAGAACAAACCCAUCAUCGGCAAUAACACAUUCGCUUCCGAAAUUGUCGCCAACUACAAAGACGUUAAAGGCUACUCGUGCGUCGAUCUCUUCAACGCCGGGAUGCGAGAGUCGGGCGUUUACUACCUGCAGAUAAGAGGCACCACAUACUGGUUCUUGAAAGUGUUUUGUGAACAGAAUGUCGCUGACGGAGGGUGGACGGUAAUUCACCGACGGGAUGACUUCGGUGUUCCGGCUGAAAAUUUCAAUCGUGAUUGGAGCGACUAUAAGAACGGCUUCGGUGACCCCGGCAAAGAGUUCUGGCUUGGCAACGAAAACAUAUACAUGCUAACCAACAACGAUGACUACAUGCUCAGAGUCGAACUUGAGGACUUCGAUGGUAACAAACGGUACGCGCAGUAUUCGCACUUCAAGAUCUAUUCUGAAGCGGAAUACUAUAAGCUUGAAAUAGACGGCUACGAGGGUAACGCUGGCGAUUCUCUAAAUGAUCCGUGGUACGGGUCCAACAACAGCCCCUUCUCUACUUACAACCGGGACAAUGACAGGUCUUCGUUAAACUGUGCUUCUAUGCUAAAAGGCGGUUGGUGGUGGAAAUCCUGCGGCCGUGGUCUCAACGGCCUCUACCUUCAUGACCCUCAGGAUCUGACAGCACGACAAGGUAUUGUGUGGUUCCGCUGGCGAGGUUGGGACUACACUCUCAAGCGAGCGUCUAUGAUGAUCAAACCCAAAGGCUUACAACCCAACACAUGAAGCCCUGGACAAAUUCCCGCGAUUUUAUUUUAUUAUGUCUCUGUUCAAUUGUUACGUGGAUUCUGGACCUGUCUAACCGACUGUUUGUUAAAAAUCAACGAUAACAACAUUCUAAUCGCGUGUAAAAGUUUUAAUUAGCCGUGGUAAAAUGUAUCGCAACGAUUACUAGUAACAUCAAACCGAAGAUUUUAACAAAAAAAAAGUAUUGAAGUGUAUAUUCAAUUAUUUGUUCUUGAUAUUAAUGUUGUGGUUUUUAUUAUGCUAUGAAACUGUUACAUUUUUAAUCAUAUCGGUUGUAAGCCUCGCGUUACAAAGAUGAGUACUGAAUCCACGUAAUGACCCAAAAAAAACAGAAGGCGGCUCAUCGCUCAAUUCGGUAUAUAAUUCCGUUCUCCUAAUGUUAUUUCUGUAAAUAAUUCCCUUAAAAUCAUCUCCCUCCCGUCACGGCAUUGCCUUCGUCAUUAUUGAUUAUAUCGACUUUUUGUAUAUAACAGAUUGUAUUCAUAAUAUCUUAAACGUCGUGCCACACAGCCCUAAUUCAUUAAUUUAUUAUUCAUAACUUGAUACAUUAAAUUUUCGUUAAUUAGCUUUAUAAUUUUAGAUUGUAGAAUAAAAUUAAGGUGUAAAUAAAUAUGUAUAACUAUAAAUUGAAAAAUAAGCUAUAAACAAGAUGACAGUUGAACUGAUUUUAUAAUCUUUCUUCUCUUCGUUCCGAUUUAACGGGGCAUAUAUUUAUAAUUGAACUUACGUCAUAUUAUUAUAUAUCUAUAUAAUAUUAUUAUAUAGAUAUUUUUUUUUUAAA